AGUACAAAUGUCAAAUGUUUUAAAUUUAAAAAACCGUUGGCGCAGCUUGUGGUUUAGUUGCUGUUGGUUUUAGUUGAUGUUAAUUUAUUCAAGUUAUAAUUUAUUUUGAUAAUAUAGACGUUUUACCCCUUAAUCUACAAUGUCUCCUCUGCAAGAGAUAUUUAGAGAAGAAAACAAAAAGAUAACUAGUAAAAUUGAUUCAGUAUGGGUUGAAAUUAAUGAAGAAAUAACGACGCGACUACAUAACUUUGUAAAAUAUGCUGAAACGGGAGAUAUUUCCUAUUUAAAAAAAGAAAUGGAAAGAUUAAGAGGAGAAGGUAAAGAACCAAUCAAAGAGUCUAAAGAAAAUGUGGAGCCAAAUACUCUAUCCAUAUCUGCUUUGCCCAAGAGAAGCACAAGACAAAAAACUGCUACUCCAGCUGAUGCAACAUUUACAAGCUUACCACAAAUAAGGAUAAAACAAGAAAAGAUUUCAAUGGUUCCUGUAGAUCCGAAACAUCCUAGUUCAGUAACAAAUGAUACUACCGAACAACCUGAAUAUCCUGGAGAAAUGUUAGCACCUACAGCGCUGCCACCUAAGAAAAAGAAAAUUAAGGAAGAACCAGUGGAACCUGUCAAAAGAUCUACUCGUACCAAGACCAAGAAAGUUCGUGACUAUUCAGAGAUCUGCAAUGGUAAACCUUCGGACGUAAUGAUUCAAAAUACAACAGUAACAAUGAUUGACAUAACAGACGAGAAGGAAUCUGACAAUGAAAGGAUACAGACUAAAAAAGAAACUGCUGCUUUAGCUGUAGAAGCUGCCACCGAAACAAGAAGUACAAGGACGAAAACGAGGCAGAAGAAAAAAGAGGUACAAGAGGAAAAGAAAAUCGAGGAAGUUGCAGUUGAAGCUCCUCGUCCCAAGACAAGAAAGAACAAGAGAAACAAUGAGGAAACAGAGAAGAAGGUCGGAGGGAAAAGAUCAAAAUCUUCAUCGUCGUCAGAAAAAGAUGAAAAUAAGAGUGCUUUGACCGAUUAUGAAGAUGCCGUUUCUAAUUUCGAUCCGUCUGAAGUUCCUGAAGGAACCCUUAAAGAAGAAGCUCCUGUCAUGAAUGCAACUAUGGUAGUUGAAAAGCCUAAAGUUGUUAAGCAGAUCGCAGAUAAACAUGAAACAGAAAAUUAUAGAACUCCGCCACCAUCUAAGAAAGGACAAAUAAAGGAAAUUUUCAGCCCAUACGAUAAAACUUCUAUUAAAACGAAAGUGGAAGCGUUUGAAAAGCUUGGAAGCUCAUCAAACAUUUUGGAAAGUAUGUCGAAAAUUCCAAUAAUGCAAGAUUCAAACAGCGAUCCAGUAAAAAGUAAACAGUAUACACCAUUCACGAACAAAUUUAUGCCGAAAACUACUAGUACGUCUUUGAAGAUAAAUAGAUUCGUUUCUUCUAAUUCUGUGACUAAGGACAACAGUGUAUCGAUGAAAUCUUUGAGCGCGCUUAAAGCUUCACAGGCAGAGUAUCGUGAGUUGGAGAAAAGAAGACAAGAGAAAGAGAAAGAAGCACAGUUAAAGAAGGAAGCUCUGCUUCUGGCUCAAGCUGAAGAGAAAAGGCGAAAAAGGGAGGAAAAACAGUUAAAGGCACAGCAACAACGUGAGAUAAUUCAAAAGGAACGGGAAAAGCAAUUGGAGAUUCAAAAAGCAAAAGAAGAGAAAUAUAAACAGGCAGUGGCGGAAAAAGAAGAAAAGUUGCAGAAAAUUAAAGAAGAAGCUGAGAAAAAACGCCUGUUGGCUAAGCAUAAAGCUAAAGUAGCCAAGGAAUCACAGUCAGCGGAGGAAAAAGCUAUGGAAAACGAAAGAAAUCUCGAUAAGGGAAAAACGAAAAGGGACCUAAACGAUUACAAACCUAUUUACAUGACGACGAGAGCCCCACUUCUUCCCACAGAUGACUGUUAUGAUUCAGAUGACGAAGAAUAUCAGAAUAAAAAGUAUAUUAAACCAAAAUGGUGCAGAGACGACGUAUUGAAGAGACAAUUAUACGUUCAAUUAAAAGCAGGAGAGAAAAUUAAAAAUACACUUUUCUGCUGUCAAACACACAGUCCUGAUUUGAUAGACAUUUUUGAAAAAAUAGACCCCAAGAAAUUGAAGAGAACUUCCAGCGCCGUCUGGAAGAAACCUCCCCGCUACACCUUAUUCUCAAUGACUAGCGAUAUCCACUUCAGUGAAGAUUCAGAGGGCAGUGUAGAUGUUUAAAUUAAUCUAAAUUCAUUCAUAUAUUUAAUAAAAUGGUUUUAAAUAGG